GUCAGCUUUUUGACAUUUUCGUAUAUCAACGUGGCGCGCCAUCCCUCCUACAUUUCCUCGUUUGACAGUUACUUCCUCUUGCAAGACACGAGAGAAAGCUUCUGCAUAUCCUACAAGUCAACUUCGCGGUCACACUCCUGGUUCUUAGCGGUUGCCACGUAAAGAGCUGCAGACGAUGUCGACCUCGACCUCGUCCCUGGACGACAAAGAGAAGGGAACGGGGUUGAUGGAUCCUCAAGCAGCAGCAGUAAAUCCCACAGAAUACGAGCCAAUAAAACCGCAAGCAGAUUCGAAAGCCCUGGAAGCAGGCCAUGGCCGCAAUUCAGACAACACGUUGUCCCGCCAUCAAAGCAGUACAAGUGCCUUCACAGAAACUAGCGAUGUCGAAUCUGACGCGCGAAGCUCCAUACAAAAGAAGAAGAAGUGGUUCAAACGCCUCAACCCGUUGAAACAGGGCGCAAAACCACCAGUACCUGCGGAGCAAGAAAUUUGUCCUGAAUAUAAUGCUGGGUUCCUCAGUCGACUCACGUUCCAGUGGAUGCAGCCGCUCAUGUCGAAGGGCUAUAAGAGACCUCUAGAGAAGAAUGAUCUUUGGGCGGUCAAUCCUAAUCGAAGUGCGGAUGUGCUUGCCGAGAGGAUGGAGGCGAGUUUUAAGAGACGGUUACAAGAGGGUGGCAAACGGCCGCUUCUUGGGGCGUUGUUCGACACGUUCAAAUGGGAGUUCAUCAUCGGCGGCUUGUGCCAACUAACGGCAUCAGUCAUCCAAGCUGUAGCGCCUUUUGUUCUUCGCUACCUGAUCAACUUCGCCACAAGAGCAUACAUAGCUCAGCGCACAGAUCAACCUGCACCGCAUAUUGGAGAAGGCAUCGGGCUGGUAGUUGGCAUUACGGUCAUGCAAUUUUGCCAGAGUCUUGCGACGAACCAUUUCAUGUACCGAGGAAUGAUUAUUGGUGGUCAGGCAAGAGCGGUUCUCAUCACACAGGUGUUCGACAAAGCUCAGAAGCUAUCAGGAAGAGCAAAGGCGGGUGGCAAAGCUGUUGUUGACGCGCCACCUCCAGACAUUAAGCCAGGGAGCGAGGCAGAGAAGAAAUGGUAUCAGAGACUCCUCAAGAAGAAGAAGCAGAAGCAGACCCCGAGCGGUGCUGCGGGUGUCGAUGGCGGUGGCGAAGGCUGGGGCAAUGGCCGAAUUGUCAAUCUGAUGUCAACUGAUACAUACCGAGUUGAUCAGGCGAGCGGCUUCUUUCACAUGAUUUGGACAGCUCCGAUUGGCAUUGUGAUCACGAUUAUUCUGCUUUUGGUCAACUUGAGUUAUAGCGCUCUUCCCGGUCUUGGACUCAUUCUGAUUGCUAUGCCGCUGCUUGGCAAAGCUGUGGGUACGCUUUUCCGCAGGAGAGUGGCUAUCAACAAGAUUACCGACCAACGCGUGAGCUUGACCCAAGAGAUUUUGCAGGGUGUUCGAUUCGUUAAAUACUUCGGCUGGGAGACAAGCUUCCUCGAGCGUAUCCAAAACAUACGAAACAAGGAAAUAGGAGGAAUCCAGGUUCUACUCACACUCCGUAACGCUAUCCUUGCUGUUGGAAUGUCAAUGCCUGUUUUCGCUUCUAUGAUUUCGUUCAUCACCUACUCACAGGUUCACCCUAAUCUCGACCCGGCUCGUAUUUUCUCCUCCCUCGCUCUCUUCAAUUCGAUGCGUAUUCCACUGAAUUUCCUACCGCUUGUCAUCGGCCAGGUCAUCGACGCGAACGCAUCCAUUAAUCGGCUCCAGGAGUUCUUUCUAGCAGAAGAGGCGGAGGAGAGUACGGUAUGGGAUUACAACGCGAAAGAUGCAGUCGUAAUACAAGAUGCAGAUUUUACAUGGGAGCGCCAUCCGUCACACGAAGCAGAAGACUCGCCAGGUAAGGGACCGCCUGGAAAGAAGCCGACGAAGAAGGAGAAGAAGGAGAAGAAAGCCCAAGGUGCUAUCACACCAUCUCCAGACGCAAACGAGAAGCCUGUUGAGGAAGAGGAGCCAUUCUCGAUGAAGGGGCUGAACCUCACAUUUGGCCGAGACGAACUGGUCGCUAUUAUUGGAAGCGUCGGAUCCGGGAAGAGCUCUCUACUUGCUGCGUUAGCAGGCGACAUGCGGAAAACGAACGGCGAAGUCACCAUCGGCGCAUCUCGAGCUUUCUGUCCACAAUACGCCUGGAUUCAGAAUGCGAGUGUGCGCGAGAACAUUGUCUUCGGGAAAGACUUCAAACAGAAAUGGUAUGAUCAAGUCAUCGAAGCUUGCGCCCUCCGACCAGAUUUCGAUAUGCUCCCUCACAGCGAUGCAACAGAGAUUGGCGAGCGCGGUAUCACAGUCUCCGGUGGGCAGAAGCAACGAAUGAACAUCGCUCGAGCGAUCUACUUCGAUGCUGACAUUAUCCUUAUGGAUGACCCCUUGAGUGCUGUAGAUGCCCACGUCGGUCGUCAUAUCAUGGACAACGCUAUUUGCGGCCUGCUCAAGAACAAGUGCCGUAUCCUAGCUACUCAUCAACUCCACGUCCUCAAUCGAUGCGACAGAAUUAUAUGGGUGGAAGAGGGCCACGUACAGGCCGUCGAUACCUUUGACAACCUGAUGGCUAGCAACGAAGAUUUCCAGCAGCUUAUGACUCAGACUAAGUCCGAAGAGAAGCACGACGAAGAGGAUGAGGCGCUCGAGGACGAGGGUGAAAACGAGAAGAAGGUCAUCACAAAGACGAAGAAGAAAAGCAAGAAACAAGUGGCACUCAUGCAGGUUGAGGAACGCGCAACAAAAAGCGUGUCGUGGGACGUCUGGAUCGAGUACAUUCGAGCUGGAGGCGGUCUCUGGGUUGGUCCACUGGUUUUUAUUCUUCUUGUCCUGUCACAGGGUGCGAACAUUGUCACUAGCUUGUGGCUUUCGUACUGGACGUCUAAUAAGUUCGGGUUCAGCGAGGGUGCUUAUAUCGGUGCCUAUGCGUCCUUUGGCUUUACGCAAGCUGUACUCAUGUUUUUGUUCUCGAUCUCGGUUUCCAUUUUCGGAACAGAAGCCGGUAAGACUAUGCUUCAUCGCGCCAUCACUCGAGUUCUGCGCGCGCCGAUGUCGUUUUUCGACACGACGCCUCUUGGUCGUAUCACCAACCGUUUCAGCAAGGACAUUGAUGUCAUGGACAAUACAUUGACAGACUCUAUGCGCAUGUACUUCCUUACGCUGGCCCAGAUCAUUGCUGUUUUCAUCUUGAUCAUUGCGUAUUACUACUACUAUGUUAUUGCUCUUGGUCCGUUAGCAAUCAUCUUCUGGUGGAGUGCCACAUUCUACCGCAGCUCGGCACGCGAAGUCAAGCGUCACGAAUCUGUCCUCCGAAGUACAGUAUUCUCACGUUUUGGCGAGGCAGUCAUGGGCACGCCUACGAUCCGCGCAUACGGUCUACAAGCGCAGUUCUCCCGGUCGGUUCGAGCUGCUGUAGAUGACAUGAAUAGCGCAUACUACCUGACAUUCGCGAACCAACGUUGGCUGAGCAUGCGUCUCGACCUUGUCGGUAUGCUACUCGUCUUUACGACUGGUAUCCUCGUUGUAACAUCGCGUUUCUCCGUCGAUCCGAGUAUAGCUGGAUUGGUACUGUCGUACAUUCUUACCAUCGUGCAGAUGAUUCAGUUCACCGUUCGUCAGCUCGCCGAGGUGGAGAACAACAUGAACGCGACGGAGCGCAUUCACCACUAUGGGACGCAGUUGGAGGAGGAGGCGCCUCUGAAAAUGGGCGAGGUAAGAUCGACAUGGCCUGAGCAUGGAGAGAUUGUCUUCGAUAAUGUCGAAAUGCGAUAUCGCGACGGCUUGCCUUUGGUCCUCAAAGGCUUGAGUAUGCAUGUUCGUGCAGGUGAGCGCAUAGGUGUUGUUGGUCGAACAGGAGCCGGUAAGAGUUCGAUCAUGUCGACUCUCUUCCGUUUGCAGGAAUUGGCUGGUGGCUCCAUUUCAAUCGACGGUGUCGAUAUCAGCCAGGUUGGUCUUCACGAUUUGCGCUCAAAGUUAGCCAUCAUUCCUCAGGAUCCUACGCUCUUCAAGGGCACAAUCCGUUCGAAUUUGGAUCCUUUCCAUGAGCACUCUGAUCUGGAACUUUGGGGUGCACUACGACAAGCCGAUCUUGUUUCCAACGAAUCCACAGUGGACGACCAUUCUGGACGCAUUCAUCUCGACUCCAUUGUCGAGGAAGAAGGUCUCAAUUUCUCCCUUGGACAGCGUCAAUUAAUGGCUCUUGCGCGCGCUCUGGUCCGUCAGUCGCAAAUCAUUGUCUGCGACGAAGCUACGAGUUCAGUAGAUCAAGAAACAGACGCUCGGAUCCAAAAGACGAUCAUUUCAGGGUUCAAGGGCAAGACCCUACUCUGUAUUGCGCAUCGUCUCAAGACUAUUAUAACGUACGACCGUAUCUGCGUCAUGGACGCUGGGUUGAUUGCGGAGCUCGACACGCCGGCCAAGCUUUAUGAUCAAGGCGGUAUAUUUACCUCAAUGUGCGAGCGUAGCGGAAUUCAAAGAGAGGACUUCUUUGGUAGGAGCUAGAUACUGCACCUAUUAGACCUGGUCCGUGAUGUUGGUUUUUGGGUUGCAGCUUGCGCUUCUGCAUGGCUAGCUUGGACUCGUCAGCCCGACGUUUGACGGACACGCUAGAAUCAUGGCAUCAUCCGACGAGGCGUUGGUUCGAUGGCAGAAGCGGUUAUUGUUACCGCAUCGAUGGUGGGGUAAUGGCACACAGUGCUAGACGUGCAUGUUACGGCGUUUUAUCCCAUGGUCCGCUACAUGGAACCCGCGGAUUUCGGCUAAUAGAAUUAGGUCAUAGCAUUAUAUCCUAAGAACACGAAAAUUAAAGCCUGUUACUAAAAAACGCAUGUAUAGAUUUAAACUUUAAUAUUUUUUAAUAUAGG